CUGCAAUCAGCCUGAAUGCGUUCAUACUUACAUCUUAAUUAAUUCAUGAGCAUAAAUCAUGGCGCAAAUACAGCGCGCCGCGAGCGCUGCACUGCGCGCUGCGGUGUUGAAGCUUGCGCAACACCAAGAAUCGCCAUCCCUCAUUUGCAAGCCAUGUGCCUCCUACACAGCCAUAGAAGCUCUGCAUGCAACCUGCAGCACCAGCCAGGAAUGCAGCGUGUCAACCCCGUCGGCGCACCCCGCCUCAGCACGCCGCAGCUUGCCCCCCGCGCAAUCGCUACUGUCGCUCGGGGGCACCAGCCUGCUAUCACAGCAGCAGCUGCGCUGCAUGUCUUCUUCAGGAACUAGCAGUAGCAGUAGCAACGCUGGGAGCAGCACCGCCACUGGCAGUAGCGUUAUCAGCGGCACGGACACAGGCGGCGGCGGCGGCGGCAAGGGCGCGGCGGCAGACGCCGCGUCCAGCCUGUUAGGCGGCCUGAAGCUGCAGGCGCCCUCCAACCCCUUCGCGCGCCGCCCGCCGCGGCCCUCUGUGCCCAAGCUGGUGCUGUACCGCGGGCGCGGCAUGCUGCUGUGGCGCUUCCUGGUGCGCGCCAAGGUGUUUCAGUUCAUGGGCAUCCUGGCGGCGGCGGUGUUCGCGUCCGUGGUGCUUACAACGAGCAACCCCAACCCCAUGGACCUGGCGGCGGUGGGCGCCCUGGCGGUGGGCUGUGUGGUCACGUCGUACUGCAUCUGGUACUACAGCGGGCGCUAUGUGGGUGAGAUGAGCCUGCUGCUGCCGGAGCGGCGGGUGGUGCGCUUCAGUGUGCUGGACUUCUGGGGCAACAGGGAGGACAACGACGUGCCUCUAGAGCGGCUGGUGCCGCCCUGGCGACAGCGCUCGGUGGCGGAGGUGCGGGGGCAGGCGCGGCAGGCGCUGAUGCCGGUGUCUGUGCAGGGCGACCGCGAGUACUACAUCUCCGUGCCGCACGGCCACGUGCUGCAGAAGGAGCUGCUACAGAAGCUUCUCUACGGGGCGCCACUGGAAGGGGAGGCGGCCACAACCGGCGGCAGCGGUGGCGAGGGGACGGCCAGCAGCGCUAGCGGGAGCAGUGGCGGCGAGAGCGGGACCGGCAGUAGCGGUGGAGGCGGGGAGUUGGCGGGGACGCCGGUCGGGGGCCAGGGCGCGCAGGCGGACGCAGGGGUUGCAGCAGCCGAUGGGGCUGGGGCAGUGCCAGGGAGCGGGAAAGCUGCAAGCACGGAGCCCGCAGCUAGCAAGGGGAGAGCGGCGUAGGACCAGCGAGUCCGGCGGGGGCGACACCGAACGCUGGUGGGCGGGGGUGUCAUUGUGCUCGAGAGCGUGUGUCACUGAGCAUGGGAUUGGAUUGGUGCGAACGCGCAGG